AUGGUCCUGAUCAACGAGAAGAAGUACGCCUGCGAACGGUGUAUCAAGGGCCACCGCGUAUCCUCAUGCACCCACACCGAUCGCGCUCUGUUCGAGAUCAAGAAGAAGGGAAGGCCUGGGACGCAGUGCAAGCAUUGUAAAGAGAAGAGAAAAAGUGUAGGGAGCAGUGUGCAUACGAAGUGCAAAUGUGGCUCGUCCAAUCCCCUGGCUUGCGAAGAUACUUCAGCAGAGGGAUCCACAGCUCCCGCCGCUGAACCCGAGGUUGAGACUCGAAAAGGCCAACCAGGCUCACGGCCUGCUUUCCCGAGAGGGCUGAAGGACGUGCAUGAAUUGUCAGCCGCGGCAAACGCCUUGCAGGGAUUGGGAGAAGACGAUGCGGUGGUGAAGAGUGCCGAACGGACGGUGCAAGCACUGUUGAACCCCUGUAGAUGCGACUACGGCGGCCCCUGUUCGUGUUGCGAGCCCAAGCGUCGUAGCAGAAAGCAAUCUCCACCCUCGACUGGUACUGGCACCCUCAUCGCCAGCACUGCUCCCAGCCCAAUCGACACCAUAAUCGCCUCUUACCCCACCGAGGCCUACUCGAAGCUCUCCCCUACCUCCUACCUCAACCCCGACAACCCACAACGUGCCUCGAAUAAGACCCGGCUCUAUUCACCUUAUACCACCGACCCCAGGGGACGGCGCGACAGCCCUUCCAAUUCCGUGGGCUCGACGUCCUCGCCUUCCGGCUGGAAUAGUCCGAGAUCGGUGAGGCCGCCUCCAACGAGGGUGAAGCCGUUGACGGACAUCAAGAGGUUCUUGACAGCGGCGAUGAACAAGGACGGGUCGCUGGCCUCGGAGAUCCCACGGUCGGUCCUGGGGCUGCCGGGCAUCCAGACGUUUGAUGCCGCUGCCAAGGGUGAGCUCGUGACCGGGGGCGGCGGGGCGUGCUGUGGCGGAGGUGGCGGGGACGACCCAUCGGAAGAUGUUGAUAUGGCACUUGCCUUUCCCACCUUGGAGGACGUCGUCCUCGGUGCUUGUAUGUGUGGUGAGGAUUGUUCAUGCCCCGGUUGUGCCACGCACGAUACCACCAAUACCUCCAACGGUGAAACUGGUCAUGACGGACCUUGUGGCGAGCCAUGCCAGGGCCAUCACAACUGCUCAUCGUCUAUCCCCAUCCCGUCAGGUGUCCAGUCCAUCGCGCAGCUCGUCGUCCUUGCCGCCGCUCAGGUACCCAAACCUCCCUCUCGUCCCGUCGGGUCUUUCAUCGACCCACUUGACACUAGAGUCCUUCCCCCUGCUGCGUUUUCGAGCGACGAAGCGGCAAGAAAGCUGGGCUUGGUCCCUUUGAGGCCACUCGAGUGUUGCGGAGGCAAGUGUCAGUGCCCGCCGGGACAGUGUACGUGUCAAAAACAAUGCUGUGGGUGCUGCGGAGAGUGCUCAUGUGACAAGGAUGAAGAUACGCACAUGGGCGGAGACCAAGAGGCGGAGGUCACUGAGGGGCAAGGUGCCUGCUGUGGGGCAGGAAAGGGAACGACUGCAGAGCUGAUUCCCAAGGAAGUGCCGGAACCGUUGGCGCCCACCUCGUCGACGAAAGCUGCCAUCGCCAACAUAACCUACCACCCAACUAUGCGACAUGCCAUGAUGCAGUCUGCUCAAAUUCAGGCCUCGGCUCAAAGAUCUAUCGACCCUUAUCCUCCCAGCCCCGUCACUGCUUCGGCGCCACGACCAGCUCAAAGCGGUUGCUGCAGCUCCAAGGCUCAAUUACCGAAACCUCCUGCUCUGCCGAAAAGAGCGUCUGAUUCUGGCAUUCUGUCACAUACGGCUAGUCCACGAGCUUCGUCGGGUCUGGGUCGAUCUGGUAGUCUAUCAUCGGGCAACAGGAGGGAGACGGGACAGAGGAAGAUUGCUCCUUUGCCUGUUGCGCAGACACUUGAAGCGCGUCCUAACAAGCAGCGAGCAAUGCAACCAGCUCAACCCAAGCUUUACGCUGGCACAGCUGCCAACCCGUCGACAGCGGCUGUCCCAGCCAUUCCAGCCAACAUUGAGAAAGAGAAUCAAGCGCUGCUCGAGUUCAUUGAAAAGCAAUGGCAGUCUGCCCCUGAGGACGAGUUUACCCUCACUUCUGGUCUCGAUGGCUCAGGUGCCAUUCAAAAGGAAGGGAUGGCCAUGCCAAUCUCUUUUUCAGCUGAACCCUGGGCGUACCCACCGCAGAAGGAAGACGAUGAAAAUCAGCACGGCCAGGCUACCCAAUUGCUGGAAGCGGGUGCGGAUCAGAUGGAUCUAGAUGCGUUUCUGAGGAGCAUCGGGGCGCAGUAUGCUGGGCAAUCUGAAGUCGGCACAGCACCCGUUGCCCAAGCCCAGAUCCCCUCACAGGCCCGAUCAGAUGUACCGAGCAUCGAGCAAUACGGGUUUGGGUCGCCAGACUUCUUCUUCACGCCUGGCCAGACAUAUCCUCAACCUCCAGGAAAUGUGACUGAAGAGUCGUAUCCUCAAUCAAGCCAGAUGCAGCAUCAUACAAUGAUGCCUGCUAUCGCCCCUCCCAAGGUUUCUGAUGGUGAACGUCCAGAGGCGCAAAGCCGUGCGACAGCGCCCCCGUACACGUAUCUGUGGAAUACCUUCAUGGGGCAGAUGCCGCUUGAAACUGAAGGUUCUGGUCAGGGACUGGAAGCAGCGCAGAUGCAACAGUACAAAGGCAAAGAGAAGGCGCUGAGCGUGGGAGUAUCGAAUGGGGAUGGGCAAGGGGGUAGAGACAUGGUUGAUCUCUCAAAGCCAAUAGAUGCGGCGGUCUACCAGAGGAUUCUGCAGGCUCUCGAGAAGCAGCAGUUACAGCCGAGCUUGUCUACCCCGAAUGCUCCUCAUCAUGGCGGAUCUCGCGCCCAACCUCCACCCCAGCUUGCUCGAAGACCGGCUUCCCGCCCGUCCUUCUCCGCCCGCCCUCGAUCUGCGCCCAAACCGUUCUACCAGUCAUCUGCUUCUCCUCAGCAAACCUUCCCACCUGCCCACUCUCCGUCUCUCAAUUCACCGUAUGCUACGGAUGCGGUUGCGAAAGAGCUCGAUGACAUGUUUAGUCAAUUCGUCACGCUAGACGGGGUGGUGAAUACCGGUCAAGAAGGCGGAAGUGGGCAUCUGGAGGGCUUGGGGGGCUCGGCGGGUUUGGGCAUGGGUAUGAUAGGCGGGGGAUUGGACUUUGUUGAAGACAAUGAGAUGGGUUUUUCUCAGCCUUCGAGACUGCCUGAUUGGUCUGGGCCUGGUGACAGUGCCGGUAGUACGGGGCCGAAGGAGAGUCCGGAAAAUAUUAGACGAGGGUGGGAAAUGAUGGGCUUUGGUGGGAAUGGCAACAUAGGGUGGGAUAAGGCGCGAGUAUGGGGAAAUUAG